CCAAAUUGAUGGGGGGAGAGAGAGAGAGGAAGAAAGAAAGUUAGUGAGAGAAAGAAAGAGAGAGAGUUUCUGGUGGGCUUUGAGCUGUGAUUUAGCUGUCUUUUUUAUGUGUAAUCUCUCAUUCUCUCUAUCUAACUAGCAGUAGAGAAACUACAAACAAACACACUUCUCAAAAAAUCCCUAGAAAUCUGCCCCCCGUUCCUCCUUCCCCCUCCCAUUUCUUCCUCCUCUCUCAGAUCUCACGGUGCUCCAAAACCCCAUUUGCAAUCUCACCUGAGAAAUUAAGAAUUAAAUUUUUUUUUUCUAAUUUCCUCUUUCUUAUUUGGGUUCUUAAUCUUUCAAAGAAAUUUUAAAGUGGCAUUUGGAGAUUCAGAUGUCUGGUGUGAGAUGAAGAAGAAGACCACCACCCUCUUCCACCUCUCACUCCUCACUGCCCUUUUCCUUGCCACGUCAUCACUCUUCUCUGGUGCUGCUGCUCAGGAGCACCGCCGCAGCAGCCACAUUGUCAGCCAUGGACCUCUCUCCGACGAGGAAGCCCUCUACAUCAAGCACCGCCAGCUCCUCUACUACCGCGACGAGUUCGGUGACCGCGGCGAGCAUGUGACGGUCGACCCCUCGCUGGUCUUCGAGAACGACCGGCUCCGGAACGCUUACAUAGCGCUGCAGGCGUUGAAGCAGGCCAUUCUCUCCGACCCGUUCAACAUCACGGGCAAUUGGGUCGGAUCUAAUGUCUGCAAGUACACUGGAGUUUUCUGCACCAAGGCGCUCGACAACAGAACGAUCCGGACUGUGGCGGGGAUCGACCUCAACCACGGCGACAUUGCCGGGUACUUGCCGGAGGAGCUCGGGCUGCUCACGGAUCUCGCAUUGCUCCACAUCAACUCCAACAGGUUCUGUGGAACUGUUCCUCACAAGUUCAACCGCCUGAAGCUGCUGUUCGAGCUUGAUUUGAGCAACAAUCGGUUCGCCGGAAAGUUCCCUCGGGUGGUUCUCCAGCUGCCGAAGCUGAAAUUCUUGGAUCUGAGGUUCAACGAGUUCGAAGGGACGGUGCCGAAGGAGCUGUUCGACAAGGACUUGGACGCCAUUUUCAUCAACCACAACCGGUUCCGGUUCGAUCUGCCCGAUAACUUCGGGAACUCGCCGGUCUCCGUCAUCGUCCUCGCCAACAACAAGUUCCACGGCUGCGUUCCGGCUAGUUUGGGGAACAUGUCAAACCUCAACGAGAUUAUCCUGAUGAACAAUGGAUUCCGGUCGUGUUUGCCGCCAGAGAUUGGGAUGCUGAAGAACUUGACGGUGUUCGACGUCAGCUUCAACCAGUUUCUGGGGUCGCUACCGGAGACGAUUGGAGGGAUGGUGAGCUUGGAGCAGCUCAAUGUGGCCCACAACUUGCUGUCGGGGAAGAUUCCGGCGAGUAUUUGUUCGCUGCCGAGUCUGCAGAACUUCACUUACUCGUAUAACUUCUUCACGGGUGAGCCGCCGGCGUGUCUGGGACUGGCUGGCUUUGACGACAAGAGGAAUUGCUUGCCGAAUAGGCCGGCGCAGCGAACGGCAGCGCAGUGUAAGUCGUUCUUGUCGAAGCCUGUGGAUUGUAGUUCUUUUAGAUGUAAGCCUUUUGUUCCGUCUUUGCCUACUCCCCCUCCGCCUUCGCCUCCACUUCCUAUGCCUUCACCGCCGCCUAUUGUGGUUCCUUCGACUCCCCCUCCUGUUUUACCCCAAUCUCCACCACCGGUUUACUCUCCACCUCCACCACCUCCACCACCUCCAGUGUUGUCACCACCCCCGCCCCCACCACCAGUUUACUCACCACCCCCACCACCACCCUCACCACCACCACCUCCACCUCCGCCUCCCCCUCCACCCCCACCAUCACCAUCGCCUCCCCCUCCACCUCCACCUCCACCUCCACCAUCGCCUCCCCCUCCACCUCCACCAUCACCAUCACCUCCUCCCCCACCCCCACCAUCACCAUCACCUCCUCCCCCACCAUCACCACCACCUCCAACUCCACCAACGGUAUCGCCACCCUAUUGCGUGCGGCCCCCACCACCUCCACCACCGGUUCCAUUGAGCUCUCCACCUCCACCUUCUCCUUAUAUGUACUAUUCACCCCCACCUCCACAUUCACCACCACCCCCACCGCAUUCACCGCCACCACCAAUAUAUGUCUAUCCAUCACCGCCACCUCCUGGACAUUCCCCACCUCCCCCAGUCCUCUCACCACCGCCACCACCACCACUUUGUAUAGAACCACCCCCUCCACCUUCCCCGCCACCAUGUAUUGAAUAUUCACCUCCCCCUCCACCUCCUCCCAUUGUUUACUUGCCGCCACCUUCACCCUCACCCCCACCACCUCCUCCUAUCUAUUCUUCUCCACCUCCAUCAGUGUACCAGUCCCCUCCCCCACCAUCCCCUUCACCGCCUCCCCCUGUAGUCCAAUACCAAUCACCACCACCACCUGUUCACUACAAUUCCCCACCACCACCAUCCCCAUCACCCUCAAUUCCAUGUGAAACCCCACCAUCUUAUCCAUCACCACCACCACCGGUUCACUACGGUUCUCCACCACCGUCAAUUGUUUAUGAAAGCCCACCACCUCCCACUCCUGUAUAUGAGGGCCCAUUGCCACCCAUCUUUGGAGUUUCUUACGCGUCUCCUCCGCCACCACCCUUCUAUUGAUUCUUUUGAGAAUUUUCUCCUCCUCUAACCUUUCCCGGAGCACAAUCACCAAAAACUCAGCAGUCCUUGUUCAGAGUCACGGCUCCUUUUCCCUCCCCCGCACCAACAUUUCUCUCCCUUACGGGCAAUUCUCAUCGCUCGUGUAAUAAGCAUAAAAAUUUGAGAUUGAUGCAAUUGUUGGAGUCAAUCACCAUAUUGGCAACGGCAAACCAAUGUCUGAAGAAACAGAGAAGAAGAGGUGAAAGCAUAGAGAUGUAAUAUCAGUAUAGAGAGAGAGGGGUAAGAGGAGAAAGAAAGUCUCUCCGUAUUUAUUUGAAAUUGUUAUGGAUUAUCCAUUCGAUGAGUUGUGGAAAAUAAAAUUGGCAGAGAAAGUAGGUUGCAGAGAAUGUUUAUGUAUAGGAGAUGCAUUUCGGAGAUCAUAAUUCAGGCUACAAACACAGCAGCACCACCUCCUUCCGCCGCUGCUGGGUUUGUGGUGGGUUUUAUUGUUUUACUGUCUCUAUUUUUUUGUUUUUUUUUUCAUAUCAUACUUUUGUUUCUUCUCAAUUUCCAAUUUCUAUAUUAUAAUCCUGAACAUUUUACUUGUUCU